UCAUUACACUGCAUCUCAUGACCGCUCCAAUAUGGCGACCACGCAGACGUACGUCAGAGCGCAAACGCGGUAUCUACUUUAUCUGUGUGCAGUACGAGCUGAGGUUCUGGUGGAUGACGUUGCCGAUAGAUUACGCCCACCUCAUAGAAAGAGAACCAUUUGAUUGGCUGAUGUGUCUGACAUUCCGUUAUCUCCCCUUACACUGUUUGUUCCCAUGCUGAAAAAAAGGAAGCAGUGUAUGACAUAUGUGGCUACCGAUGCAUCCGCAUUUGUUAAUGUUUUCACAUGUUUUAUGUUCAAAUGUAGGUAGGGCCCGGGUUUUACCGGUUCAACGGCCCAUCCUAUGUAGAGAGAAACCAGCGAAAUUAACGCGGAUGCAAUGCCAACUUCUCGUAUUGACCUGUACAAAGCCUGGACCCUCUAUAUCGCUGUUUGAAACCACGUACGGUCAACCCGAUACGGUAGGUCACCUGACGAAUUCUCCUAUCUCCAGCGAAUUAGCUCUAGGGACUUCAACUGGUGCGUUGUGUCGAGGUAACUGCACGUGAAGUGUCGGCAGAUAGCCAACUGACAGCAACAUUUAAGGCAUGCAGUGACUGUAAGCUGAGAGUCUGAGGGAGAAAGUGGACGUGAAAAUGGGGGUCAUGAAGAGCCACAGCUCUCGAUGUGCCUUCUUCCUGGGCUUCGUCUUGGGCUCCUGUACGCUGUACUUCUUCCUGCGUCAGGUGUGGUUUGAGCGGAGUUUCGUACGGCACAGAGGGACCCAGGGCAGGGGGGCAGAGGCUGGAGAUGCAGUGCCAGGCAGCGGCAGCGGCAGCAGGGCAGAGUGGAAGAUGGACGGAGCGGCUCUCAUCAACCUGAGACAGACACAAGAAAAAGGCGAAGACAGCCUCGUCGCAGACGAGCUCUAUAAGAAAGUUCGUAUUCUGUGCUGGGUGAUGACGGGGCCCAGCAACCUGCAGACGAAGGCUCGUCACGUGAAAGCCACGUGGAGCCGCCACUGUAACGUGGUGCUCUUCAUGAGCUCCGUGGACGAUCCGGACCUCCCAGCCGUUGGCCUUGGCACCGGAGAGGGCCGCGACCAGCUCUACUGGAAGACCAUCCGUGCUUUCCACUACGUCCUGAAGAACCACGCCGACGACGCCGACUGGUUCCUGAAGGCCGACGACGACACCUUCGUGGUGGUGGACAACCUGCGCUGGAUCCUGUCCAACCACACGGCCGAGGAGCCCAUCUACUUCGGGAAGCGGUUCAAGCCGUACGCCAAGCAGGGCUACAUGAGCGGGGGAGCGGGCUACAUCCUGAGCAAGGAGGCCCUGCGGCGUUUCGUGGAGGGCUUCCGCACCAAGGUGUGCACCCACACCACCUCCGUGGAAGAUCUGGCCCUGGGCCAGUGCAUGGAGAAGAUGGGCGUCCUGGCGGGGGACUCCAGGGACACGCUGCACCGGGAGACAUUCCAUCCAUUCGUCCCCGAGCACCACCUGACGGGGUCGUUCCCCAAAAGCUUCUGGUACUGGAACUACUGCUAUUACACCAUUGUGGAGGGUCCUCAGUGCUGUUCAGACUUGGCCGUGUCUUUCCACUAUGUGGACAACGUGCUGAUGUACAUUCUGGAGUACUAUGCCUACCACCUGCGCCCCUACGGCUACCGGCCCCGCUACCGGCCCCCUGUGCCUGAGGGGCUGAUCGGGUCGACCCAGACUGAGCAGGCGGCGGCUGCGGCGGUGAACCCUGGCAUCGAGGACCGCCUGUGGAAAAGAGGCCAAGCCCGGUGAACGGCACCACUCAGGGGCAGCCAGGGCCACAGGCAGAUGGGCUGUCGGUGGCCGAAGGAGCAAUGGCCGAGCACCGCAGUGACAACAGGACUGUGCCUGUGAACACCAGCCCCAAGCAGUGACCUCCCCUGGGGAAAGUCUUAAUGUGUGUGUGUGUGUGUGUGUGUGUGUGUGUGUGUGUGUGUGUGUGUGUGUGUGUGUGUGUGUGUGUGUGUGUGUGUGUGAGAGAGAGAGUGUGUGGUUUUUUGCAAUGCAUUUGAAAGGGAAUUUGUAAUGAGUAGGUGUACAAAGGCGCUGAUGUUGGAGAGGAACAGGAAUGUAAACAGUGCAGCUUCCAUGGUGUGUGGGAGGUCCUAUGCCUGUGCAGAGCUGAAUGGCUGUUUGCACUGAAUGUGACGAUGUCCUCGAGAGCUGAAAGUGUGUUGUCAUUUCUUUUCUUUUCUUUUCUUUAAAGCCAAUCAGCCAUUUGAACUACUUGCAGGGAAAACAGGAGAGUUCACAUGAAGGUGAACAGUGGAUCGCAGUGGAUUUCAGCCCUUAGAGCAUGGGUGCAUUAGCCUGACGAUGUCAUACUCAUAAUUCUAGUCAGAAUAUGAGUCUGAUACCGCUCCGUUGGGCUGUAAUUAUGGGGCGUGUUUCAACCGAACCAGGGAAAAAAAUGCCUCUUCGC